UUUAGUUAUAGAAAUUGGUUGAUUAUGGGUGGACUUGUGUCUCGAUGUGAGGCAUUUUCGUCGUCCGCUGAACAAAAACUCAGUCAAGGACGAAACACAAGUAUGGACGAGAAAACUACACAAACCAAGCCAUCGAGAAGACCUUGGUUUUGGAAACGUAUAGAACGCACCGAACUGCCAAACCCUGGAAGUUAUGAAGACAUCAAUCAAGAGGCAUCUGCUGUAUUAAGGCCAAACUUAUUUGAUGGUUUUCGUUUUGACUUUAAUUACCCGUUGAGUGCUAUGUUUUCUAUGGGUCACUCUAUCGAAAUGGGUUCCUUACAAAAACCUCCCGGUUAUGCGUUUUCAGCCAACUAUUUAUCCAACCAUCUGGUGAUGUUGAGUCGAGUAGAUUUAAGUGGUCACGUGAACGGUAGAGUCUUUAUUAACCACUCUCCAUUCCUAACUUCCAAGAUUGUGGCAGAAACCUCAUCACAACCAAACGAGUCCAAAGCAACUUGGGACCUGGAUUAUAGAGGAAGUGACUUUUGUGGGCAGUUAAAAUUUGGAAACAUGGGUAUCGUGGCUUUGUCUUAUUUACAGAGUGUUACGCCAAACUUGUCUUUGGGAGGUGAAGGAUUUUAUCAAGGUGCAACCGGUUUCUCAGCAAUAACUGCUGCGGGAAGAUAUGUUACACACGACGGAGUAGCAACUUGUACAAUUGCUUCAUUUGGUCCUCUGGUUGCUUCUUAUUGUCACAGGGUAAAUCCAAGAGUGACGUUGGCUACAGAAUUUUUUUGGGACUUGAGAAGUAGAGAUUCUUUGGUUACUAUUGGAUACAAGUUCGACCUAAGGCAGGCAACAGUAACAGGUCAAAUAGAUACCAACGGUCGUGUUGCUGCACUUUUAGAAGAGAAAAUCAAUCCAGGUCUAAGCUUUUUGUUAUCAGGAGAAAUUGAUCAUAGUAGGCAAGAAUAUAAAUUUGGUUUUGGAGUUACCAUCGGUCAAUAAAGACUAGCUGCGUCUUGAGAGUACAUCAAGCCAAGGUAUUCUUGUUCAAACUCACGACGAUACUUUACAUAUUCUUCAUACAAAGUCAAGUCCAUUCCAUCUGCACAAGUUAUAAUUCUGGCUAUCAACAUGACUUCCUAUUAUUUCGAUAAGACCUUGAAGCCCAAGGAAUCAAUGCCUUGAGACACAUACACACCUGUUGACAAAACUUGUUGCUUUCCUCAUCACUUGGAGAUAUCUCACCAAUAAGUUGUAGCAACUGUCCACAACGCAACUUUAUGGUCUCGGUCAACGCUGUAGAUACCGCUAUACGAGCUUUUUGAUAUUCUACAAUAACAAAGUCUUUGGCGGGGUCAUAAAAGAUGACUCUAUCAA